AUUGUUUGUUUGGUUACUGAGAAAGUUGGUAGAGGAAUCGGAUAGUAAAGGCACUGUUUUCUUCUUUGGAAAUAUCUCUAUAGCAUCAUAACCAAGGACUUUUUUUUUUGGCUAAACUUGCUUUUGACGGUCUCUAAGGAACGAGAAAUGAAUUGAAUUGUUUUCGACUGUUGAAGACUAUAAGAGGGACGAGAGCGGAUUUCUGGGCUACCCUUUUGAGCUCACCAAAUCUCUGCAUCAGUGCUCUCGGAUCCGAAGAGUAGGUCGUGCUUGUGCAGUCUGUUCGUUGUAUCUUCUUUGAUUUGCGGCGCCUACUUCAUCGCCAGUGCAUUCAUCGACAAAGAAUACAGAGAAAGAUUGGGAAGAUGGAAAGUUAUGUAUGGUUUGCAGAAUACCAAACCCAACAAUAAUAUGUGUCAGAAUCGAUGUUACCCUUUGGAAACUGCGGCACUACCAGAAGGGAUUAUUGCCAAAACAUCAAACCUGGAAAUGCAACCGUUGUGGGGUGCUACCCCGAAAAAUAAAAGUUCAAACUCUUCGUUGAGCUUGCUGGCCAUUGCAGUUGGCAUCAAUCAGAAGGAGGUGGUGAACAAAAUUGUGCAAAAGUUUCCCGCCAGUGAUUUUAGAGUGAUGCUUUUUCACUAUGAUGGUUUUGUGGAUGAAUGGAAGGACUUGCCUUGGAGUGAUCUUGCUAUACAUGUGUCAGCAGCGAAUCAAACGAAAUGGUGGUUUGCAAAACGUUUCCUGCAUCCGGAUAUAGUUGCUGAAUAUAAUUAUAUUUUUCUCUGGGAUGAGGACCUUGGAGUUGAGAAUUUCAACCCAAAACGAUAUUUAUCAAUUGUCCAGGAUGAGGAACUUGAAAUAUCACAGCCGGCACUUGAUCCUGUCAAGUCAGCGGUUUAUCAUUCAAUUACCGCUCGCCAGAAGGGAUCAAAAGUGCACAGAAGGUAUUAUAAAUUCAAAGGCAGUGGAAGGUGCGAUGACCAGAGCUCGUCACCUCCGUGCGUGGGUUGGGUGGAAAUGAUGGCUCCCGUGUUCUCUCGAGCCGCUUGGCAGUGUGUAUGGCAUAUGAUCCAGAAUGACUUGAUCCAUGCAUGGGGCCUCGACAUUCAACUCGGUUAUUGUUCACAAGGUGAUCGAGUUAAAAAAGUUGGCGUGGUUGAUGCAGAAUAUGUAGUGCAUAUGGCUCUCCCCACACUCGGUGUAUCCAGCAAUAUUAAGGCUGAAUCUGGCUCCCAAAACGUUGAUAAUAGAGCUAAGGUCAGGCUGCAAUCUUCGAUCGAAAUGAAGAUCUUCAAAGAAAGGUGGGCGAAUGCGGUGACAGAGGAUAGAUGUUGGGUCGAUCCAUUUCGGUUGCCAGCAAACCAAAGUAGUCGAUAAUUUUAUUUGUAUAGAGGCCGACCAUUGGCAAACAACACAAGGUUUAUAGUUAUCGCGGUGCAUAAGAAACCACAGAAUUCUGUACAGGUUUUUUACACAUACACAGUUUCCGGUAAGGAGUCUCAAACAGCUGUGACAAAUACUUCAAAGUUGAGUUAUCGUGGUGCAUAAGAAACCACAGAAUUCUGCACAGGUUUUUACACACACACAGUUUCCGGUAAGGAGCCUCAAACAGCUGUGACAAAUACUUCAAAGUUGACAAGAAAGAAACUUUUCGACAAAGAAUGACUGAACCAUUUGUAUUUUAAAGAACGCCGAAAUUGCGGUUAGUUGUACAUCAGGCAAGAACAGCAGUUGAGCUUUCCUUUUGUGAAUGUAUCAUGCAUUCCAUUCUUUUGUAAAUUAAAACAAAAUAAGCUUACAUUAUGGAUGGGGUGUUCAUUCCUUUGAAAAGAUUGUACAGUUUCUGUAUUUUAGUCCUUAAACUAAUUUCAAUCUAUUUUAGUGUGAUGAAAUUAGUCUUUUGAAAU